UCCAUCUGAAACAGAUCUACUCGGCUUCAGUAGGCCUGUAGGAAACAGCGUAGCAGUGAUGGACCUCAGAGGCACUCCUUACUCUGUGAAGCUCUGGCAGAUCAGUGGGCCUGACUAUGAGCCGCAGCCAGGCCCCAAACUGGCAAGAGAGACCCGCUUCAGUAGCUGGACCCCACUGGGCAACAAGCAGAGAAACCUGCAGCUGUUUGAGGAGCGUGUGAAGCUGCUGUUGCACUGGUUUGAUCUGUGGACGGACUCCCAGAGGAAGCACCUCCUGCAGGCUCUGCUGGGUCGCUGCACCAAGGCACAGCUUAAGCACUGCAGAAACCUGCUCAAUGACACGGUUCCUGUACCCCGGCUGGACUUCACGGCUGUGCUGCCUCGGUGUCUAUCCCUCUACAUCAUGUCCUUCCUGUCCCCUCGGGAUCUCUGCAGUGUCGCCCAGGUCAGUUGGCACUGGAGGGUCCUGGCAGAACAGGACUGUCUCUGGGCCGGCCGGUGUGUCAAGAGAGGUUGGUUCCUUCCCUACGCUCCAAAAGACAAGGAGUUUGGAGCCUGGAGGAACCACUACGUCUCGUGCGUCUCCACCUUGGACCGGCUAUCUCCUCAGGAAGCAGCCGAGAUAUAUGGGACCCUCUACCAACAAUGCCUGGGGGUGAAGGAGGAGGAAGGGAAGAGGAGCAGGGAGAGGAGGAUUAGGCAGAAACUCAAAGAGGCCCUUAAGGAGGAAAAGAGACUAGCCUUGAUUAGCAGGAGACCAUGGAGUUUUAACCCAAAGUCUGACAAUAGAGGUGAAAGGUCACAGACCGUCCUGUCCAGCUCAGAGUUGAUGGAUAGGUCCUGGUCUUCUCUCUCCUCUUCAAUGAAGACAUUUGGGUCUCCAACUGCCAGUCUCAGUCCACACAGAGGACAACACCUGGAUGAAGUUAGCAGACAUUUUGCCCAUCAGCCAAAAGGUUCCUCAGUACUGGCUUCUACUGAAAUGGGGUUAGGAUUGUCAUCUACACCAAUCUUGUCCAAGGCUAAGAUGGUGCCGGCUUCUCUCCCCCACACAGACUCUGCUACUGUCUUGCUACUCAUCUCCAACAAAAUUCCUGCUUAUGAGGUGGUGCUCAGUGGUGUGAAGACCAGAGUGGCUGUGGUUCUGUAUGACCAUAGAUGGACUCUCUCGGCUCUCUUCAACCAGAUGGAGAGAGCUGCUUCAGGGCAGCAAGUGCAAAGGCUUGGCCUUCUGGUUCCAGGAGGAACAGAGGAGGUUCAUCUGGUUAAUGGCAGUGUUCUGUCUGAGAGGACGUUAUCAUCCCCAGAUCACCGGGAAUUCUGGGAAAAACUGUGUGCCUUGGUGGCACCUGGUCAGGAAGGAGGCGGGGUUGAUAUUUUCUGCCCGCUGGCUGCAUCUGUGUCGGGACUCGCUCUGAUGUGGAAUCUCUCCAAUCUGACUGGUCUGGAAGUUCGCGCUCCUUUGGGUUUUGCCACAGGAAGUUUCCAGAACAUCCUAAGCGAGUGGUCUGGUGGCGACCAGGACCCAGCAGCUCCAGCUCUAUGCUACGUGACUGACAGCGUGCUGUUGGGCUGGUGUAGACAGGCCCGAUGGAUUGAAGAGGUUCUGGUCCGGCUGAGGAAGUCCCUGGAGCUGCAGCUUCAUCAGGCUAGUCUACAAGCCAGAGGCAGAGCUCUGGGACUCUUCUUGUGGGAGAACAUUUCCCUGGACACCCUUGGUGUGUGUGGGGAACUCAGUGAAGCGCUGACAGAAGGACUUACAGCUCUCAGCAGACAGAACGAGAGCCGACCAUUAGAGUUCCUGUCCAGCUUCCUGAUGAAAUGGAGCAAAGAGGACGGAGAGGGGAGCCAAGGAGCAGGUGGUUCAUCAUGCCCAGGUCAACCACGAGGGAUACCACAGACAACUUUAGAUUGGAGAUGUUCCGUUGGAAGUGAGCUGCUCCACAGCGAGCGCCUUUAUCUGGAAAGAAUGAGGGCUGUGCUGAAGGUGUACCGGGAGCCUCUCAUGGCGGUGGUGAAUUCCAACAGAGCGAUCCUCAGCUACAUCGACAUCCAGAUCAUCUUCAGCUCUGUUGCAUUGAUACUGCACCUGAACAGUGUGUUUCAGGUUGAUUUACAGGCCAGGCUGAAGCACUGGGGAGAAGAGCAGUGUGUUGGAGAUGUGUUUGUAAAAUUCUGCUCCAAACUGAAUGUCUACACUAACUACCUUAAUAAUUACAUCACCACCGUCCACACCAUAGAUAAGUGCAGGGAGGCUAAACCUGCAUUCGGGGCUUUUCUGAAGAGAGUAGACAGAACUCUGCCAACACACAUGCUGAGCCUGCAGGAGCUGCUGCUUUGUCCUGUGUGGCGAAUCCAGGAGUAUGUUACUCUGCUUCAAGCUCUGACCUCACACACUCGACCCGAUCACCCGGACCACCCAGACCUCCGCUCUGCCCUCAACACAAUGCUCCAGUUCAGAGACUUCAUCCAGGAGUUGGAGAGAAACUCUGAGGCAGACAAGAGGCUGGAGGAGACACAGGAACUGAUCCAGGGCUGUCCGAGUCUCGCUGAAGGAAACCGACAGUUGAUAAUAACCCAGGAUGCCAUGCUGCUCAGGAGUCCAGACGAACAGAUUCCAGACUCACUGAGGGCCUUUGAGCACGUAUGCGACGUGGGGCUCUUCCUGUUUAGUGAUGCUUUAGUUUUGACCCGGAGAAGGUUGCAGCACAUACCCUUUACCAUGACUCACCGGAGCACACACACUUUCUGGGUCUCUGUGGCUCUCAGCAGUCUGAACGUCAGAGAAAUCCUACACACACGCUAUGUGCGCCACGCCUUCAUCCUGGACGGGCCGCGCUGUUCGUGGGUUUGUGCGACAGAGCAGGAAGAGGAGAGGGACAACUUCCUGUCUGCGCUCCGUUUGGCUAUAAGCUCCUCCCUGACAGAACAUCAGUGAAUUUAAGGCGGCGAUAUCUGCAGCAUAGCACCUGACUCCCCCAAUAAGGAGCUCCUCUGUACACAUUUAAUGAAAAUAGUCCCAGUCCUUCCUAUAGAUUGAGACAAUUAUGCAAAUAAUAUGAAAUCACUUCUUUUAGAGGGUGUUUGGUUUGUUUUAUGUUUUAGCAGAAGAUGAUAAUAUUUAAUGAUUUUCACCAGCCCACACUGUCUACAUUGCUUUUCUGAACCAUAAUCAUGUUCUGCAUCAUCACCAAGAUCACACAACCUAACAAAUACCAUAUGACCAAGUCCCUCUGGAAAUACAAACGUGAUAAAUAGUGUUAUUAAUAUCAGCCCAGAUUUAUUAUCAGACUGAUAUGUUACAUGACAAACAUUGGCUGAUAUUGAUGUUUAUCUUUAUGUACGACACAUCACUACUUUUUUCCUCAACAUCAAAUGACUCCACAUUUUUUUCACGACAUUGUGUACCAGUCUAUUAUUUCUCAACAAUAAACAACUCCACAUGUUUUCAUUAAA